UGGGAGGCCCGCAGGAGCAGCCGAGACGUGUCUGUCCGGAUCGCGCUGGGAGCGCUUCCCCAGGUUUGUGGGCUGGGAAAACCGCAGCAAAGUGACUCGCCACAUAUCCCUCUCGGGCCCAGCAGGCCAGCAGCGUGGGGCGGCGACGACGGCGACGGCCGGGGCUGGGAGCGCUGGCGGCCGGGGUCCCAGCCAUGGCCGAGUCUGUGGAACGGCUGCAGCAGCGGGUCGAAGAGCUGGAGCGGGAACUGGCCCAGGAGAGAAGUCGCCGCGCCCUUGGGGGCGGCGACGGAGGAGGCGGUCGGGCCCGCAUUGCAAAUAUGAGCUCCGAGGUGGUGGAUUCCAACCCCUACAGCCGCCUGAUGGCUUUGAAACGAAUGGGAAUUGUGAGUGACUAUGAGAAAAUCCGUACCUUUACUGUAGCAAUAGUAGGUGUUGGUGGAGUUGGCAGUGUGACUGCUGAAAUGCUGACCCGAUGUGGCAUUGGCAAGUUGCUACUCUUUGACUAUGACAAGGUGGAACUGGCCAAUAUGAAUAGACUUUUCUUCCAACCUCAUCAAGCAGGAUUAAGUAAAGUUCAAGCAGCAGAACAUACUUUGAGGAACAUUAAUCCUGAUGUUCUUUUUGAAGCACACAACUACAAUAUAACAACAGUAGAAAACUUUGAACAUUUCAUGAAUAGAAUAAGUAAUGGUGGAUUAGAAGAAGGAAAACCUGUUGACCUAGUUCUUAGCUGUGUGGAUAAUUUUGAAGCGCGAAUGACAAUAAAUACAGCUUGUAAUGAGCUUGGACAAACAUGGAUGGAGUCUGGGGUCAGUGAAAAUGCAGUUUCAGGGCAUAUACAGCUCAUAAUUCCCGGAGAAUCUGCUUGUUUUGCGUGUGCUCCACCACUUGUAGUUGCUGCAAAUAUUGAUGAGAAGACUCUGAAACGAGAAGGUGUUUGUGCAGCCAGUCUUCCUACUACUAUGGGAGUGGUUGCUGGGAUCUUGGUACAAAAUGUGUUAAAGUUUCUGUUAAAUUUUGGUACUGUUAGUUUUUACCUUGGAUACAACGCAAUGCAGGAUUUUUUCCCUACUAUGUCCAUGAAGCCAAAUCCUCAGUGUGAUGACAGAAACUGUAGGAAGCAGCAGGAGGAAUACAAGAAAAAGGUAGCAGCACUGCCCAAACAGGAGGUUAUUCAAGAAGAAGGAGAGAUAAUACAUGAAGACAAUGAGUGGGGUAUUGAGUUGGUAUCUGAGAUUUCAGAAGAGGAACUGAAAAAUUCUUCAGGUCCAAUCCCUGACUUACCUAAAGGAAUUACAGUGGCAUAUACAGUUCCCCAAAAGCAAGAAGAUUCUGUACCUGAAGUAACAGUAGAGGAUUCUGAUGAAAGCUUGGAAGACCUUAUGGCCAAGAUGAAGAACAUGUAAAUAAUGGACUGGCCUAUAUUUUAUUUCCUGUGUUUAAACCUGUUCCCUUGCAAUUAAAAAAAAAUCAUUUAAAAACUGAGAAAACUUAGGGGAACAUCAGUUGAUGUGUAAUCUUCACUGAAUUGUUAUUAACUCUUUGGAAAUUCUGUGACUAUUGCUUAUUGCUCCCAUCCUUCGACUAAAUCAGAAGCUCUCUUAAAGCUCAUGUUUCAUUCUAGUAAGAAAACUUCAAAGGAUUAUUGUAGGUGAGCCAUUGAACUGUUUUGACCUUUUGGGAGGGGUGAGAAGAAAGGACUAAUUUGCUGGUAUAUUUCUUUUCUUUCCUGUAAUCCUUUGUAGUCUGUUGCCUGAGGCCAUGGACAAUAGAUAGAAUAGUGUGUGAUCAAAUAUAGGGAAAGAACAAGAGGUACAGCAUGUUGCUUAUUAUAGCCAGCGGGCACAUACUCAUUGUGUUUGGAAUUGCUCUCUACAAGCCCACUAUUACUAACUUGAGCAACAGUGAAUUUCCAGUUGUAAACCUAUAAAGUAAAAACAUCCUCUCAAAUGUUUCCUCAUGAAAUACAAGCUGAAAUGUAGGCACUGGAAAAGUUUGUAAACUUGUGAUAUAUAUAAUCUAAGCAAGACAGAGGCAAAUAAAAAGAAACUUUCUUCAUGGAUAGAUAAAUAAAGAUAUUUUCAGGAUAUACAAAUUGUAUUUCUGCACUAAGCAAAAGCAUAUCAUCUAUCUGAGUCAGUGUGCUUUAUUGAGGAGCAAAAGAUAAAUUUAGGCUUAAGAUCACCUAAAUUAUACCCAUUAUAUGGGCUACCUUCUAAUACUUUAUUUUAUUCAGAUUUGAUUCCCUGGGUAAUUAGGUACUAGCAAAAGCUUGUCCUGGGUAGCAGAUAAUAAAUGAAGCCUAAAUUACCUCUGCAAUGACUGACAUGUAUUUCUUCACAGGGAAGAGUAUCAUUUUCCCUAAUCAUCGUAAUUUGAUAAACUGCUUUUCUCUGGAGUUUGCAUACAAAUAAUGAAGGCUUAGAGAGCCUUGGUUGAAGUAAAUUCGUGAUGGUUUGGAGACUAAUGAAUGUGUGUGUGUAACCGUUAUCUGUCGGCUGUUACUGUGCUCGUUUCCUAUUUUGAUGAUUUUUUUGCUUUGAAGAGAGAAUGUCUAAAUUCUAUCUCUAGGGGAAAAUGUAAUUAGAAAAUUACAAGUACCUUUCCUACUUAUGAAAUAAGAUUCUACAAACUAAUUUCAGAAAGUUGCAAAUACCACAUAUGUUUAAUAUAUUGGUUUUGAGAUUUUAGGGUACUGUGAUCCUUAUGUUUACAGUAAUGUCAGGAUGUAUGGGGAUAGCUUUCUAGUCUUGAAACGUAUUUAUGUUGCCUUGGUAGGUCAUUGAAGUUAUUUAAAAGUUUAGUAUGUUCAUCUGUAAAAUAACUUUUCUAGUUCAUAGAGAUGCUUUGAAUUUCAGAAAAGAAAUGCAGUCUUUCUAAAUAACAUUCCUUUGGUACACUAAUUUGGUAAGGCUAUACUUACAAGUUUAAGUUUAUAUAGUUUGAUAAAUAGCUAGACCCUGCUAUCGUUUUAAAAAAAUUUUUAUUGAUGUAUAGUUGAUUUACAAUGUUGUAUUUUUGUUCAGGUGUGCAGCAAAGUGAAUCAGUUAUACAUAUACAGAUUAGAACCUAUAUCUUCUAAAGAUUUUUUUUUCUGUUCUUAAUUUGUACCCUGCUGGUAUCUUAUAUUUUAUAAAAUCUUAUCUAAUUUUUUUCUUAUAUCUUCCAUUAAAGUUAUUAUUUUAGCAGAAAAAAUCUGGUAACAAAUAUUUUUUGUAAUCUAGAGUGCUCUCUUGACAGUCUGUGUAUCAUGAAAAAUUUGUAUACGUAGACAGCUGACUAUGAGAAAUUAAUCAUCAUUGAAUUUUACAUUACUAAAUAAACCCAGUGUUUGACCAGAUUUGUAACACUAUUGCUUCAAGUGUGAAAGAUGGAAACACACUCCCAAAAUUGCCUUAGCACAAAUGCUCUGAAUUAGAGUAAAACAAACAAUAUGUUUAACUUUAAUCCCUUUUAAAUUUAACGGGAGGUUAAUUUGUGGUACUAUUCAAAUGUUUCAUGUAGUAAAAAAAGUAUUAUGAGUUUCUUUAUGUAAAAAUAUUAUUUCCUGAAAACCUAUAAACACACUGACCAACCCAAAAAUGUAAUAAAUAUUUAAGAAUAUUAAUGAAGCUUUAA